AUGGCCGCGAACCGCAGGGGCGGGGCGCCGGCAGGUGCCGGCGGCGGCGGCGGCGGUGAGCCCCUCAACUUCGAGACGACCGAGGGUGUCAAGGUGCACACAACGUUCGAGACGAUGGGCCUGCGGGAGGAGCUGAUGCGCGGCAUCUACGCCUACGGGUUCGAGAAGCCGUCGGCCAUCCAGCAGCGGGCGAUUGUGCCGAUCAUAUCGGGGCGGGACGUGAUCGCCCAGGCGCAGUCGGGCACCGGGAAGACGUCCCUGAUAGCCCUCACUCUGUGCCAGCUGCUGGACACAUCCCUCCGAGAGAUCCAGUCCCUGAUUCUGUCGCCCACCAGGGAACUGGCUGGACAGACGGAGAAGAUCAUAUUGGCGUUAGGUGACUUCAUGAAUGUGCAGGCCCAUGCCUGUGUUGGAGGGAAGAGUCUGGGUGAGGACAUUCGCAAACUGGAGCAUGGUGUGCACAUCGUGUCUGGCACACCUGGCCGCGUGUUUGACAUGAUCAAGAGGCGGUCUCUGAGGACAAGGCAUAUCAAAGCGAUGGUGCUGGACGAGGCAGAUGAGAUGCUCAGCAAGGGCUUCAAGGAGCAGAUCUACGAUGUGUAUCGGUACCUUCCAGAGACUCAGGUGGUCUUGGUGUCAGCAACCUUGCCACAUGAGGUGCUGGAGAUGUCACAGAAGUUUAUGACAGACCCCAUCAGGGUCCUGGUCAAGCGUGAUGAACUCACUUUGGAGGGCAUCAAGCAGUUCUUCGUUGCUGUGGAGAGGGAGGAAUGGAAGUUUGACACGCUCUGUGACCUAUACGACACCCUCACAAUCACACAGGCAGUCAUCUUUUGCAACACCAAAAGGAAGGUUGACUGGCUGACGGAGAAAAUGCGGCAGAACAACUUCACUGUGUCGUCCAUGCACGGCGACAUGCCCCAAAAGGAGCGAGAUGCCAUCAUGGCUGAGUUCAGGAGUGGAAGGUCACGUGUGUUGAUUUCAACAGAUGUGUGGGCAAGAGGACUGGAUGUUCAGCAGGUUUCCCUUGUCAUCAAUUAUGACUUGCCAAAUAGCAGGGAACUGUAUAUCCACAGGAUUGGCCGGUCUGGGAGAUACGGCCGCAAGGGCGUCGCCAUCAACUUCGUGAGGAAUGACGACAUCCGCAUCCUUCGGGACAUCGAGCAGUACUACAGUACACAGAUCGAUGAAAUGCCGAUGAAUGUUGCGGAGCUGAUAUGA